AUGGCUGUCGUUGCUGCUGAGAUCCCUGAUGAGUUCGGUCCUAGUCCCAUGGAGGGUUUGGUGUUAAGGUUUCUAAAAGAACAUCGAUCGUGCGCUGUUUGGGAAGGCGAGGAUCCGGGGACACUGAAAUGCCGUGGUCGUAAUGAGGAGUUCCGAAAACAACGCCCGAUGGUGGAUGAUCGUGUCCUCGACAUUGUCAAGAGAGUUGGAUUAGAGGGGCUGUAUAGGACCCCAUCUAGAGAGAUUGAUAAUAACUUGAUGAUGGCCUUUGUUGGGCGAUGGAGGCCUGAAACCCACACCUUCCACCUGCCACAUGGUGAGACAACGAUCACAUUACAAGAUGUGGAGGUUCUUUUGGGGAUUCCAAUCGAUGGUGAGGCAAUUGUUGGAACAACUGACUUGGUGUGGGCUGCUGAAUGUCGGGAGAUGCUUGGAAUUGUUAUUAACAGUGUGGUGCUUCAAGGACAACGAAUCCAGAUUAACCGGUUACUUCAAAAAGUAGACCAAGGGUUGCCCGAUGGUGCAGCAGAGGAUGUUGUGCAUCAGUAUGCAUGGUGUUAUAUUCUAGCACUCCUGGGGGACACAAUUUUCGCCAACAAUUUUGGCGAUAGGGUGCAUAUGAUGUGGUUGCAGAUGUUGAGGGACCUUCGCAAUCCACCUCGGUACAGUUGGGGGAGUGCUUGUCUUGCAUGGUUGAACAGAGAGUUAUGCAAGGCAACCGACAGAGGUGCUAGUCAGAUUGGUGGGGCCUUGAUACUAGUUCAGUAUUGGGCAUGGUUCAAAUUCCCUUUUUUGUGCCCAAGGAUGGACCUCCCACCAGAUGGUGCAUAUGGCCCACCAUUACCACCUUGCCCAUUUUCCAUUAAGUAA